AUGGCCUCAAGGAAUACCACUGUAUUUUGUCCUUACUCUUUCCUUCUCCUGGGAAUUCCUAGGCUGGAAAAUAUGCAUCUCUGGAUUGGUUUUCUUUUCUUUGCUGUGUUCCUGACAGCUGUCCUUGGGAAAAUCACCAUUCUUUUUGUGAUUCAGACUGAGAGUAGUCUCCAUCAGCCCAUGUUCUACUUCCUAGCCAUUUUGUCAUCUAUUGACCUGGGCCUGUAUAUAUCCACCAUCCCUAAAAUGCUUGGCAUCUUCUGGUUUACCCUGCAAGAAAUCUCCUUUGAAGGAUGCAUUACCCAGAUGUUUUUCAUCCACCUGUGCACUGGCAUGGAAUCAGCUGUGCUUGUGGCCAUGGCCUAUGAUCGCUAUGUGGCCAUUUGUGACCCUCUUCGCUACACGUUGGUGCUCACAAACAUGAUGGUGUCAGUUAUAGCACUGGCCAUUCUUCUGAGAAUCUUUGCCUUUGCCAUACCCUUUGUUCUACUCAUCCUGAGGCUACCAUUCUGUGGACCCCAAAUUAUUCCUCACACUUAUUGUGAGCACAUGGGCAUUGCCCACCUGUCAUGUGCCAGCAUCAGGGCCAACAUCAUCUAUGCCUUAUGUGCCAUCUGUAUCCUGGUCCUUGACAUCAUAGCAAUUGUCAUUUCCUACAUACAGAUCUUUCAUGCUGUAUUUCGACUCUCUUCACAUGGUGCACGACUCAAGGCAGUCAGCACCUGUGGCUCUCAGGUGUGUGUCAUGUUGAGUUUCUAUACCCCUGUGUUUUUCUCAUUCAUGACCCACAGGUUUGGUUGGAAUAUUCCUCGCUUUGUCCACAUCCUUCUGGCUAAUUUCUAUGUAGUCAUUCCACCUGCUCUCAACCCUGUAAUUUACAGUGUCAGAACAAAACAGAUUAGGGCUCAAGUGCUGAAAAUGUUUUCCAGUAAAUGA